AUGUUGAAGCCACAUGUUUACCAUUCCAACACCACCAAAACCCUAUUGCCAUUGCAUAAGCCAUUUUUCCAUGGAACUGGCUGUGCUUUUCUGCCUGUGAACUCCAGGCCUUCUUCUUCAUUCUGCAAAACUCGUACAACCUUUAAACCUGGCUGUGUCCCAAACAGAAUUAAAGCAGCAGUAGCCAGUACUGUUAUUGAUAAUGUUGAUGGUUCAGCUUCCGCUGUCAAAGCUUUAGUCACUGUAAAACAAACUGUUGGUGGUUUCCUCACGAACUUAGGAUUAGAAAGAGGGCUAGAUGAUAUCCAAGACUUGCUUGGUAAAUCAAUUCUCUUGGAGCUUGUUAGUGCUGAGCUUGAUCCAAAGACGGGGCAAGAGAAGAACACCAUUAAGGCUUAUGCACAUCGAGUGAAACAAGAAGGUGACGAUGUCACUUAUGAGGCGGAAUUCAAAGUAGGGGCAGAUUUUGGGGAGAUUGGUGCAGUUGUUGUCGAGAAUGAGCACCGCAAAGAGAUGUUUUUGGUGGACAUAGUGCUUCGUGGUUUCAAGGAUAAUGGUCCGAUUAGUGUCAAGUGUAAUUCGUGGGUUCACUCCAAGUAUGACAAUCCUCAGAAGAGAAUUUUUUUCACUGACCAGUCACACUUGCCAUCACAAACACCAGGCGGAUUAAAGAGAUUGAGAACUGAAGAGCUGGAGGCUGUGAGAGGCAACGGUGUAGGAGAGCGUAAGGCUUUUGAGAGGAUAUAUGAUUAUGAUGUUUACAAUGAUAUUGGUGAUCCCGAUUCUGAUAUAACUAAAAAAAGACCUGUGCUCGGCGGCAGUCAAGAUCUCCCUUACCCUAGACGUUGCCGGACUGGCCGUCCGCCCUGUGAUUCAGAUCCUCUUUCGGAGAAAAAGGGCAAUCUUUUCUACGUGCCAAGGGAUGAAACCUUCUCCGAGGUGAAGCAGCUAACAUUCUCGGCAAAGACCGUCUACUCUGUGUUUCACGCAGUGAUCCCAUCGCUGCAGACAGCGAUUGUGGACAGUGAUCUUGGAUUCCCAUACUUCACAGCCAUAGACCAGCUGUUCAACGAGGGGAUUGACUUGCCCCCCCAGGAUAAUCAAGGCUUGUGGAGAACACUUCUUCCCAGACUUCUCAAGGCUAUUUCUGAUGGAAGUGACAAUGUGUUGCGCUUUGAGACUCCUGAGACAAUGGAGAGAGACAAAUUCAUUUGGUUUAGGGAUGAGGAGUUUGCUCGACAAACCCUCGCCGGAAUCAACCCAUAUGCUAUUCAAUUACUGACGGAAUGGCCAAUGAAGAGCAAACUUGACCCUGAUAUCUAUGGUCCCCCAGAAUCAGCAAUUACCAAAGAAAUGAUCGAGUGUGAAAUCAAAGGUUACAUGACAUUUGAUGAGGCAAUGAAACAAAAAAAGUUGUUCGUCCAAGAUUACCACGACUUGUUACUACCAUAUGUCAAGAAAGUUAGAGAGCUUGAAGGCACAACACUGUAUGGAUCACGCACACUAUUUUUCUUAAAUCCAGAUGAGACGCUGAGGCCUCUGGCCAUCGAGCUCACUCGGCCACCCAUGGAUGGGAAGCCGCAGUGGAAAGAAGUAUACAGACCUUCUUGGCAUUCCUCGGGUGUCUGGCUUUGGAGGCUUGCCAAAGCUCAUGUCCUUGCUCAUGAUUCCGGUUAUCACCAGCUUGUUAGUCAUUGGUUAAGAACUCAUUGUUGUACCGAACCUUAUAUAAUUGCUACUAAUCGACAACUCAGUGCAAUGCAUCCAAUCUAUAGAUUGCUACAUCCUCAUUUCCGUUACACAAUGGAGAUCAAUGCACUAGCUCGGCAAUAUCUUAUCAGUGCUGAUGGGAUCAUUGAGAGCUGCUUCAGCCCUGGCAAGUACUCCAUGGAGCUUAGCUCUGUUGCCUAUGGCCUUCAGUGGCGAUUUGAUUAUCAAGCACUGCCUGCAGACUUAAUUAGCAGGGGGAUGGCUGUUGAAGAUCCAAGCGCUCCUCAUGGCCUAAGGCUAACAAUCCAGGACUAUCCUUUUGCCAAUGACGGACUCCUUUUUUGGGAAAUUCUCAAAGAAUGGGUUUCCGACUAUGUCAACUACUACUAUCCAAAUGCAAGUCUUGUGGAGUCAGACGAAGAACUUCAAGCAUGGUGGACAGAAAUUCGUACGGUUGGACAUGGUGACAAGAAAGAUGAACCUUGGUGGCCUGUCCUCAAAACCCCAGAAGAUCUAAUCCACAUUAUUACAACCAUUGCUUGGGUAUCCUCAGGUCAUCAUGCAUCUGUGAACUUCGGACAAUAUACAUAUGCAGGCUACUUUCCCAGUAGGCCAACGAUUGCCAGAAGAAAUAUGCCCACCGAAGAGGCAACCGAUAAAGAUUGGGAAUUUUUCAUGAACAAACCUGAAGUUUUACUCCUACUAUGCUUCCCUUCACAAAUUCAAGCAACUACAGUGAUGGCUAUUUUGGAUGUGUUAUCAAAUCAUUCUCCAGAUGAGGAAUACUUGGGAGAACUGUCGGAGUCAGCAUGGGCUGAAAAUCCUGUGAUAAAAGCGGCAUUUGAAAGAUUUAAUGGGAGGUUAAGGGAGCUUGAAGGGAUUAUCGAUGCAAGGAAUGCAAACAAGGAUUUUAAGAACAGAAAUGGAGCUGGGAUAGUGCCAUAUGAGUUUUUGAAGCCAUUCUCAGAGCCUGGGGUGACUGGAAGAGGGGUUCCAUAUAGCAUCUCAAUUUGAGGUUAAGAACAUGCUAUGGUAUAUUAUGGAUGUUCAAAUGCCAUUAGGAUGCUGACUUUUUUUAUUAUUUAUGGAUGUUGAUGUUAAAACAUUUCACGACAUAUAUCUCUUUGAAGUGAGUUUUUUUUUUUUUU